AUCAGAACCAAGGAGGAAUGAACCUGUUUUGGUAGAAGCAAAUGGGAGGCCAGAAUCCCCUCUUGCUGAAUUAGAUGUAGUCAAGUGGCUCGUUCAUAAAGGACCAAAUGACGAAGGACCAGAAAUCCGAGGAGGGCAUCCUCACGCUCUUAUUGUUCAUGCCACAAAAGCCAACAAAAAUGAAGAAAAUGGGACAGAUUUUCUUUAUCAAGAAGCAUUUUUGACAACAUAUCGUACGUUUAUUUCUCCUUUAGACUUAGUAGAUAAAUUAGUUGAAAGACAUCAGCGUUUUAGUCGUUCACCUGAGCUGAGUAGACAACGAGCAGCCAGAGAGGCAUUUUCACUCUUGGUUAGAGUGGUCUCUGAUCUUACUAUUUUAGAUGUAGAGCUGACAUUUAUUCAAAGACUUAUGAACUUUGUGUAUCAAUUGCUCCGAAGUGGAGACCUCACAAUGGCAAAAGCUCUACGAGUUAAAAUUCUAGAAAAGCAUGCAGCUAAAGCAGCCCAGCAAAUCACAACAACUUAUGAUCAGCCUAUUCAGAGUAUAUACACCAGGCCAUGGACUUUAUUAGAUUUUAAAUCUGAUCAAAUCGCAGAACAAAUGACUUUGUUGGAUGCUAAGCUCUUUAUGAAAAUAGAAAUUCCAGAAGCACUAAUUUGGGCACAGGAACAAAAUGAAGAAAGGAGUCCAAACCUGACACGAUUUACAGAGCAUUUUAACAAAAUGUCAUAUUGGGCCAGAUCAAGAAUUUUAGAGCAAGCAGAUGCAAAAGAUAGAGAAAAGUAUGUUAUUAAGUUUAUAAAAAUUAUGAAGCACUUGAGGAAAAUGAACAAUUUCAAUUCCUAUUUAGCUUUAUUGUCCGCUUUAGAUAGUGCACCUAUAAGGAGGCUUGAAUGGCAGAAACACAUUACAGAAGGUCUUAAAGAGUACUGUGCACUCAUUGAUUCUUCCUCAAGUUUUCGAGCUUACAGGCAAGCUUUAGCCGAAACUCAGCCUCCAUGUAUUCCGUACAUUGGUUUAGUACUUCAAGAUCUGACCUUUGUACACAUUGGCAACAGUGAUUUUCUCAGCGAGGGUAUCAUCAACUUUUCUAAGCGGUGGCAGCAGUUCAACAUAGUUGAAAACAUGAAAAGAUUCCAAAAAGCAACUUACAAUUUCAAAGAACACGAAAAAAUUAUUGCCUUAUUCAACAAUUUUGACAAUUUCCUGUGUGAAGAAACCAUGUGGCAAAUCAGUGAAAAUAUUAAACCUCGAGGACAAUCUAAGAAACCUAAUUAAUCAUUGUAUACUAAAUCAAAGUUUAAUCUCCAGAGCACUCACCAAGAACCAAGUUUUGCAUCUGUUACUCCACAAUAUGCUUAACCAUCUUAGCACCAAGGUUACGACAAGCUAGAUUGCAAGCUGGACUGAAUACUUAGCAAUUUUAUACUACUAGAAAAAUUUUAGUGAGUGAGCUAAAAACUUACUUUGAUGAUAUGCCGUAGUAAAAUCGAGGUUGAUAUCUUCCACAGACAUUCUGAAAUUUUAAGUGUCUUUCAGUAAAAAAAAGAAAGGAGGGAUGGCACCCACAAAAGCCAGAGUGAGGGUUGACAAGCACAGGACCAAUCAAAAGGCAAGUGACCUGUUGAAGUGACUAAAUAACUUGAAGAAGGGUAAGAAGAGGAAAAGAGCCAUGAGAGCAGCGAAAUGUUUUAUUCUGAAGUUUUGAAUUGUUUUUGCUUCCGUUGCUUAAUUUCAUUUAAAAAUAUGUUCCUUUGAUCAUUUGAGAUACAAAUUUUAUACUUUUGAUUCGUUUCUUCACAAGUAACUACAUGUGAACUUGUUCUAUUUUCAUUUUUUCCUAAUUAAAGCUCUUUUUUGGAAA